AUCACCUCACUCCAACAAAGCAGCGUCUAAUGGAGGUUCUACGGAAAUCUUGAAGGUUCCUUCGAGCCUCGUUCUCUAUGGUCCCCGAGCGUCCUCUGGCAGCGAACGGAGGAACCUCGGCGAAGGAGAGAGGAGAGAGAGAGUGCGGGGGCCGUGAUGGUGGCGUUAGCUUAAUCUACCGCUCCCAGGCACACACACUGGUCAAAAUGCCAGUCAAACGAUAUAGACGGGAUCAGAGUGAAGUCAGCUGCUGCCUAAAAUAUGUCAUAUUUGGCUUCAAUGUUAUAUUUUGGCUGCUGGGGCUGAGCAUCUUGGCAGUAGGGGUGUGGGCCUGGACAGAAAAGGACACUUUCAACAACCUGAGUCGGCUCACCAAUAUUGCCCUGGACCCGGCAUUCGUGCUCAUUGUAACUGGCUUGAUCACUUUUACAAUUGGCUUCACUGGCUGUGUGGGGGCCCUCAGGGAAAACACUUGUCUACUAGCAUGUUAUGCCAUCUUCCUUGCCAUCCUGCUCCUCUUAGAAAUGACUGCAGGCAUCCUUGGCUUCAUUUUCAAAGAUUGGAUCAAAUCUCAAGCAACCAACGGGUUCCAGGCAUUCAUUGUGCACUACCGUGAUGACCCUGACCAGCAGAACUUGAUUGACUGGAUACAGGAGAAGUGGUUGGAAUGUUGUGGCAUUGAGGGGCCAAAGGACUGGGAUCGAAAUAUUUAUUUUAAUUGCUCAUCGGAGGCUGUUGGCUCAAGGGAGGCCUGUGGAGUCCCUUUCUCAUGCUGCAAACAAAAAGCUGAUGAAAUUAUAAAAAAUAAACAAUGUGGAUACGAUGUGAGAAAACAAGACUAUCAUGGCGAUCGGUCCCUGGUUAUUUACGAACGCGGCUGUCUACGAGCGGGUGAAGAAUGGAUAGAAUCGAACCUUGUGCCUGUGGCAGGUGUAGCAGUGGGGGUGGCGGUGCUCCAGCAACUGGACGUAUCACAGAUUCACGACAAAGGAUGCUUACAAGCAGGUGAAGAGUGGUUAGAAAGAAACUUGCUCUUUGUUGCUGGUGUGGCAGUGGGUAUUGCCUUCCUGCAG